AUGGCAAAGACCAAAACUACUGAAAGAUCGGCUCAUCCAUUUGGCGAUGAGUUCCGUACCAGCAAAAGGGACAAGCGCACAAUCAAGCAUGCGACUCUGAUGUCAAAGAUCGCCAAAAGCUCAGCCAAAGCUCCGAAGCGCCGUCGUCCCUCAAAUAAGCUGGUCGCAAACCUCGAAUCACUGGCCGAUUCCCUUCCCGAGGCUGCCGAGAGCUCCCACGGUACAACUAGUCAGGUCAACGUUAUCAAGCAAAAGACCCUUCGUCACAAGCCAGGUGCUGCGAAGCGUCGUGAAAAAUUGGAAAAGGUGGAGCGGGACCGAUUCGCGAUGAACAUGGCCCAAAUGUCAGGUCUCCAACAAUCUGCAACCGGACGAGAUAAUCAAGAACCUUUCCAAGCCAACUCCACAUCGAGUCGUUGGUCUGCCUUGCGCAGCUUCAUCUCCCAGACGAUGGAGCAGCAGCCGGUCUUCAAGGAUAACAAAUGA